CGUCUUCCUCUUGGCCAUCAUGUCCUCACCGCCCGUCGCCACCGCCAUGCCCGCGCCACGUACCGCGCAGCCCUCCGUGAACGUGGAGAGACUCAAGGGCAUGCUCAAGCAGAUGAUACGGGUGUCUGUGACCGACGGGCGCGUCUUCUUGGGGACCUUCGCCGGGACAGACAAGCAGCUCAAUCUCCUACUCAUCAACGCGGACGAGUACCGCCUUGGCCCGGACGCAGGCCCUGAGGGACUCGAGGCGCGAUACGUCGGGCAGAUCAUGGUGCCGUGGCGGCUCGUUGUGCGUGUCGAGGGAAAGCUGGGAGACCCUCAGACGCAAGGGAGACCUAGCGAUAGUGACGAUGAAAGCAUGUACACAUAGCAUAUCAAGAAGCCGGCACGGCUCGCUAAGAAGAAUACAUCACUCGAAAACAGGAUGCACCGUCCAUUUCAAUCAUCUGCAGCAACGGUCAAAUAUGCCUCAUGCGCUACGUCGUGCGGACAAUGGGAUCUUCAACCGCGCCCCUAUCCCGCAGGCACCAAGGUCCCGCACGUUCUUGGUCCAGUGGCACCUGGCUCGUCCAGCCCUGCGGAGACGUCAGUCGGCAGUGUGGUACCCACACCCUUCUCGCUGGGCUGCUGCGGAACGCUUUGUGCAUCGGGUAUGGACAUUGUACGAAGUAUCAAAUUUUCCAACGGUACUUGGAACAAAUCGGCUACGUGCCCCUCGU